UACUGUCCACUCUUAAGCUCGUGAUUGGCUGCUCUUGAAAAGCGGCUGACUAGGCCGUGUGAUCAUAUAGUAAAGAUAUAAAGUUUUCAGUUCAUAUUAUCUCGAAAAUGUUGAAAUAAAAUAAUACUAUCGUUACAUACAUCGCGGAUAAUAAUUUAAUGUGAAUUAUGCUGUCACGAUUGCUUCGACAGUUCUUGUUUGCUUUGCUACAUUUGAUUUUAAAUUUUAUUGUUGGUGCUCAGAAUGUCUAUUGCAGAUAUUGGCUUAAAAAGCACAGUUUACAAGACUAUGAGGUGACAAAAACGGAUUUAAAGCUAAUAGUGAAGCAUAUACCGAAACUCAGUAAACAACCAAAGCAUUUAGUUGUUUUAUCUGAUAGCGAUUACCAUUCAAUAGAUGAUUUGGCUCGAAUGGUGAUAUGGAGUUUAGUAGCCGGAAUACCGUUUUUAAGUUUUUAUGAUGUAUCAGGUCAACUUUCAUAUCAAGAAGAAAAACUUUUUAAUGCAGUUGAGAAGAACAAGAAAGGUGUUCCGGGGUGUAUAAAAUGGUCAAAGAAACCUGAUUUGAAUGGGUAUACAAAUGGCAUUCCUGCACAUAAAAUUGUUGUGAAUAUUUUUUCUUGUCAGAACGGACGUUCCACAAUUACACAAUGUAUCAAAAAAAUGUGUGAGGAAAAAAUUCCAUAUAAUAGAAAAAGUGACCAAAUUACCGCACAAGAAUUUGAUGAUGUGAUAUCAGCAGUAUACCCUUCCAUUCCAGAUCCUGAUUUAGCAUUAUUUUCAGGUCCAGUUUGUUGUACACAUGGUUUAUUGCCAUGGCAAAUAAGACUUACAGAGUUCAUAAGUUUAUCAGUUGACUAUAAUUUAAGUGUUGAAAGCUUUGUAGGUGCUAUGUAUAAAUAUAGUAAAUGCGAUCAAAGAUUUGGAACGUAACUUGGAAGUGAUAGUAAAUUAAAUUCAGUACUAGGCCUAAGUAAAUUUAUUAUUUUAAUUUAUUUUACAACAGUCAAAUAUUGAAUGUAUUUGUAAAUAGGCGAAAUUCAUAAACACAAGAAUGAGAUUUUUAAAAAUGAGUGCCAAGAACUUGUUUGAUAAUUUACCAAAGUAACAUGGUCUACAUAUUAUAGUAUAUUUCCUAUAUAUCAAAUUAUAUUAAAAUUAGGUAGGUAUGUGCCUGUAUUUGACAUGGUGUUAUAUUUUGAAGUAAUUGAAAAUUUAAUUCUGUCGAUGAAAAUAAUUUAUGCAUCGCUGAUAAAACAGAUUUUAAUUUCCUUUACAUUUAAAACAGAAUUAUUAAUUAGGUAACAGCACAACAUGAUUUUGGCAUGUUUCUAUCUUUUGUAUCAUCAAAUAUUUAAGUGCAUAUUAUUCAAUAUAGUUAUGCUUGACUCACAUGACUCAAGGAAAUGCUGUAGCAGUUUAUAUUUGUGGUGUAAUAGUUAAAUACUGUUUUUAUUGUAAAUACUAAAUUUUAAUAAAUUCACCACUGAUUAGGUUAUUGGUUUGAUUAGAGGUUAACUCUAAUUAAUUUUUUGUAAGGAUUUCCUUCAAAUAGUUCAGGAAAAAUGAUAUUUUGUUUUUAGAUUGAAAUGAAAAUUUAAAUUGAAAUAUAAGUGUAAUUAAUGAUGAGAUCAGUGAUACUUUCAUUUUAUUUUAUUCUUCAGUUUUGUAGUUAUUUAUCAUUGGUAUUUUUAAUGUAAUAUUAGUAGGGCAUUGCAAACAUCAAUAAACAGGUUACAUUGGUAAAACUUGUUUUUUUUUGCUUUUAUAACAUUUUUAUACCAUCAUGCACAGAAAGGACAAAGAAACGAAAUUUAUCAAUAUAGAUUCAAAAAAACUUUAUUGGAAUAACGCGAUGGAUCAUUGAUUGUUGCACACUAAAAUACUAUACACAAUAUCACUAAGAUACACUUCAACGCGUACAUAACAGCUUCCAUCUGUAAGAGAUAAAUUUUAAAAUAGAUCACAGCCUUUAUUAACAUAAGCUCAAAUUUGGAAUUCAAUUGAAGGAAAAAUACGUGUUUAAUAUUAAUAACAUUAUUACUUUUAAAU